GAGUUUAAUAGUUAGUGCGCGACAUCUAUCGCGAAUCUAAUCGUGAGUGCAACCUGUAUGCAUGGUUUCUCUCUUUUACAACGUUGGUUGGUUUUAUUAAACUUGGAUUGUCAACAAGAAAAUUGUAAUAAAAUAAAUUAAAAGAGUUUCUAGUGGUAGUGUUAAAGCUGUCAGGCAAAGCCGGCGGGUCGUUUUUCGUUCGACCGCGCGGGACUAGUGGCCCGAGAAAGGUGGCGUUUAAUGGAUCCGACUAUCGGUUGGUAUCAACCGGAGCAGUACGGCCCCGCAAAAGAUUUGUGGUUGCAAAUUUGGGAGGCAGAAAAAGGCCGCGAUAUAUUGACAUUUAAGAACGAAAACAACAUAAGUGGUGGCGGUGGUGGUACGGGUGGUAGUGGUGGACCAACAACAGCAAUGGCCAACAGCAAAGGCGGCCAAGACUAUAUAGCUCUUGAUAACACCAUCAACAAUCGUGUGCCCGAUGAUAGGAAUAUAUUAAAUCAACGCACUCCCCACAACACCUGUAACAGUUAUUACAACCCAUCUCGAAGGAAAAGCGACAACCGUGCUAGGACUUAUGGUAUGAAUUACAACCAAGACACGCUCAUCGGCGAGUAUGGGGGAUGUCCUUGGCGUGUUCCCAACAGGCAGUACUCUAAGGGAGUUAUUGGUCUUCAUGAAGAAAUCGAAGAUUUUUACACAUACAUGUGUCCCUCUAAUGAAGAGCACUGUUUAAGACUAAGAGUAGUCAAGAGAAUUGAACAAAUUAUUGCUGACUUAUGGCCAGACUCAAAAGUUGAAAUCUUUGGAAGUUUUCGAACUGGUCUUUAUCUACCUACCAGUGAUAUAGAUCUGGUUGUCAUUGGAAGAUGGAGUAAUCUCCCUUUGCGAACUCUUGAAAGUGCGCUGUUGGAUCAAGGCAUUGCCGAACCGUCCUCUAUCAAAGUAUUGGAUAAGGCUAGUGUUCCGAUAGUAAAAUUAACCGAUAAAGAAACUGAAAUAAAAGUUGACAUAAGUUUUAAUAUGAACAAUGGUGUCAAAUCAGCCGAAUUAAUAAAAGAAUACAAACGUCGGUUUCCCGUGCUUGAUAAACUUGUUAUGGUUUUAAAACAAUUUUUAUUACAGCGAGAUCUUAAUGAAGUAUUUACUGGCGGAAUUUCUUCUUAUAGUCUGAUUCUUAUGACCGUUAGUUUUCUGCAGUUACAUCCUAGACAAAAUGCUCAUUGUGGAAAUCCUAAUUUAGGAGUUUUACUUAUUGAAUUUUUAGAAUUAUACGGUAGAAAAUUUAAUUAUGUUAAGACUGGAAUUAGAGUGAAGGAAGGUGGUACUUAUAUUUCUAAAGAAGAGGUUCAAAGAGACAUGAUAGAUGGACAUCGACCUUCAUUGCUCUGCAUUGAAGACCCUUUGACUCCAGGUAACGAUAUAGGACGCAGUAGUUAUGGUGCUCUCUAUGUUAAAGAUGCAUUUGAUUGGGCUUACUACGUACUUUGUCAAGCAGUCAAUCCCUUAAACUCUACUAUCAAUGAUGCCAGUAAAUGCAGUAUAUUGGGUCGGAUAAUUCGAGUCACCGACGAAGUCAUUGAAUAUCGGAAGUGGAUUAAGGAAACAUUUCCACUCACUCACGCUGAAAUGGAUUCGCUAUCAAGUUCUACUGGUUCAGAUGCUUCAACUUUAUCUGCUCCUGCAAGUGACACAGACUCAGAAUCAAGCAGGGGAAACUCGCCAAAUACUGGUGUAAAAAACCAUGAAGGAGAAGAGAGAAAUAAAGAUCGAAAUGCAUACAAUAAUCAACAAAAUCAGUAUAUACAAAAUCAGUGGAAAAAGCCAUAUAAAUCCAGUGGACAUGUUAAUCAUCAACACAACUCAAGAGGAAUAUAUCCACGCGGCAUAAACAACAACACAUUAGGUCAAAAUAAAGCUAAGAAUUCGCAUCAUACUAAUAAUACCAAUAUGAAUAAUAACAAUAACAACAAUAAUAAUAACAAUGGUGGCAGCCAGAGUCCAGGAACAAGAAUUCAACCUGUAAAACGUAAAAAGACUUAUACUAAUCGAACUCCAGGCGAUUGUGUACGGUGAUGAAACAUAAUUUACAUCCCAAUGUAUUAAAAAUAUUCUUCUGCCAAGGCGAAGAGUAGUUACCUCAGGUAAAUCCGCGAGGCUGCUCGUCCAAGUCACAAUAUUGUGAAUAUUCUUAGCAAUAUAUAUUACGGUCUAGAAAAAAAUAUAUAUUAAAAUAUUCAGAUGAUCAUCCAUUUCGUAGCAUAAUAAAUUCUGCAUUUUAUUUCGUAUAAAAAACGAUCAAAAAAGUAAAAAAAAAAAAACUAAAAUAUAACAAAACCAU